CUAUUGGAAGAACAACUUGGGGAUUUCGGUGCAAGCCUCAAACUUACCUGUGAGGACGGAGGACGACUUGUCGGGUCAGCAUGGCAUCUCUCAUGAACUCUGCGUGCCUCCUCUUCUUGCCUGUUGCUCUGCUACUGAUGCUGAGCCCGUGCCCUGUUGCUGCAUCGUCAGCCAGACGGUGUCACUCCAUCUAUAAGGGUUUUGCUCAGUGUCUGAUGGCUCUGGGCGACAGUCUCACGGACAGUGCUCGCAAGGACGAAGACAUGCAUGAGAUACACUCCAUCUGCAGGUCAUGGGAUGAGUUCCAUGACUGCGCCAACGUGGCGAUGGCUGGUUGUCCUGAUGAGGCGGCAGCUGUCUGGGAAUCUCUCCGUCAGGAAUCCAAAAAGAUGCAGUUCUCCGGAAACCUGUACGACAUGUGCUCCAACCGUAACAACCACCCAGUGGCCUCAGUCUCCCCGCACGGCUCACCCAACCAGGAAGAGAUCAACCAGGAGUCUCUAAGAGGGUGCGCUGAUCAUCUGGCGGGCUGCCUCCACUUUCUCAUGCUACUUUCUCCUCUGCUGCUGUUGUUGUUUUGGAUAUAGCUACCCCCAAAGAAAUGGGACUAGUGUGAAUAGAUAUAAACUUUGUGUAUUUUUUUCUUUCACAAGUCCAUAGACUUUCCACUUUUUUUUUUCCUCUGCUCUGCCAGGGGGUGAAUAUUUCUAGCUGCAUGUUCAGAGGCCCGACAGUCUUUUUGAUAAUGUAUCUUUAAACUGCCUGUGCCGUUUCAUGCAUAUUCUCUGCCUUUUAAUUAGUCUCUCUGUUGGAAACACACAAAAUUCAUACAGAGAUGCACAACCACUAAACAAACAGACCUGCAAACACAUACAUAGUUAAACAGAUACAUACGGCAGCCUCAUGUCAUUUGUCUUCAUCCCCUCUCCCCCUACAUCUAGUUUAUCUGGUUAGUAUGAGCUUGUGUAUGAUGGUUCCUGGGAGAGUUUAUCUUCCUGAGUGUAAUAAAAGAGACAUACUUGAUGAACGUGAAAACUAAGUGAUAAAGAGGCCAGAUGCCACGACUAGCUAAACUCAUUCAUUCAUCAGCUUUAAAGUAUGAAGCAUUUGAUAAUCAUUUAAAUCUAACAUACCUGACUUCAGGAUCUGAAAUUAACACUCGCCAAGCAUCAAAUGCAAGUAUAUUUAUUUUGUUUGGAGAGUAAAUCUCGGAAGGCUAUCCGCCACACUGGCGGUAAAUGUUUGUAUUAAAAUAGUCAUGUAAUAAAAAACCAUGCUUAGAGUCUCGACGGCAUUUUGACGUCAUUUUGGGGGAACUAAUCUGCUUCUCCUCUGCUGUCAGUAUCACAGUUUGACACAUACUGCAAAUGUUCAUACAUGCAUCUAAACGUUGCCGCAAUGCUGACAGUUUUGAGCACUCUGAGAUUUGCAGCUCUAUUUACCGUACAGGACUUCAGCUGCUCCGCUAAACGAUCACUUGCUGCUGGUCUGCUGCUAGCUAACAUUAGGCUAAUGUUGAUGAGGGUU